GGUGGAUCCAGACUGCACCAGUGUGAAAGAGAUUCAGCAGUAAAUGAGGCCACUAACCAUCUGGAAACCUGCAGGAAGCCAUUGCAGGCAGAGAAAGGGAGACCAGGAACAUUUGAGGCCAGGGAGGCUGACAAGAAACGUAUUUAAUUCCCAUUUUCCCAUGUCUUUUCUCCUAAGUUUUUAAUGAACAAAAUAAAUCCACAUGCAUACACUCUGAGUCUAACCCAGAGGACAUAGUGUUCUGCAUAAUUUCAUCCUGGAUCAAAUUAUACAAGAGUUUCAGAGAGUAGAGGGAACCCUCAGAAAUGAACUUACAGAGAUUCAAAAAGCAUCGGAGGGUCGGGGUAGACCACUGGCUGCUCAUUGCAUUUAUAGGAUUUUUUAAUGUGUUUAUCAUUCUGAUUCCAACUAUUAAACAUAAGGUCAACACUUGUCAAAAAACAUACUUUAAGCUGAUGAUUAAAUGCUUUACCAAACUAGAAUUUGGUAUCUUCACAUAUACUCCCAUUUUCUCUUGCUACAUUUUUUCCAAGUUCAUAUCAGUGUUCUGUGAAUACAAUGAAUAAAAAACACAAAGGAACUGUUUUGUGUAGAUACUAAAGAAAUGUAAGAGGGAAUUAAAAUAAUAAAUGCAAUCAAUGCUGGUCAAGAGUUUGAUGUGGGUUCUCUGGUACAAGGGAUACACUGUAUAUAGAAUGUUGAGUGUUAAGUAACACUCAGCUCUUGAGUAAUGUUUUAGACAUCAUUGUAAAGGCUGACAAUUGGACAGACAGGCACUCUCAUGCAGGUUGCCUAAGAUGUGGGUUAUUCACUUAGAUGUAAUACACACACACACACACACACACACACACACACACAUAAACACACACACACAAACACACAUGCACACACAUACACAGUUAAUAUUGAUGAAAAGUCUGUGCCCACGUCUACUGGAAAUUCUCAGAGUUAACAAAGUCUCAAUGGCAAAUAUGAGUAUCUCUGAAGCCUUCUCUGAGAUCACGAUCCCUCCUCACUUGCCCACUAAGAACUGCCAAACUAAUACAGGCAAGAGCACUAGCCUGAGCUUCUGCUGUAGCAGAAGACAUGGAGGCUGAAGGAGGGUCCAAAGAUGCUACUGUAUAGUGAUGCUUGAUUCAUAAUGUCAGAAGAAACAACAUAACAUGGGUAAAGAAAUAGGUUUGAACUCAGAUCAAAAAGCCUAGAUUCUUAGAUAAUCAUAUGGAAACACAAUAAAAAUUUUAGCAUUUGAUGUUUGCACUGUGUGUGUGUGUGUGUGUGUGUGUGUGUGUGUGUGUGUUUCUGAGGAGUGAAACCAAGCAUUUUAAGCAUGUUAGGCAAAUGCUCUACCACUGUGUUACACCUCCUAACCCUAACCUUGAGAUUUGCUUUUAUGGAAUGGUGUGUGUGUGUGUGUGUGUAUGUGUGAAAGGAAUAACAUCAUAUUUCCUGGGCAAACAAAGGUUCUCUACCUGUGUGUUACGACCCAUUUAGGGUGGCAUAUCAGAUAUUCUGUAUAUCAAUAAUUACAUUAAAAUUUAUUUUUUUACAUUACAACUUAUAACAGUAACAAAAUUACAGUUAUGAAGUAGCAACAAAAUAAUUUUGUGGAUGGGAGGGUCACUCCAACACGAGGUACUGUAUUAAAGAUUAGCAGCAUUAAAAAGGCUGAGAGCCUUCUUAAUGGACUAAGAGAUGAUUGCCAGGCAAACCAGCCUUCCCUGGGAAGAACAGUAUCUCUAUUCUUAUGCUUCUAACUCAACAAUAUAUGAUAAGAAUCAUUCUUUUAGCCAUUCAUAACCAUAUUAAGCAAUUGCAGUAUUCCAGGCUCCAUGCUGUCUAUACACAGAAACUUAGGCAGAAGCAGCUGGCAUACAAUACAGAUAAAGCUAGUUUGUACCCAUUUCCGCUGGCCAAGGGAUACCAUUAGAAGACAAUUUCAACUUUCAGACAGUCUUGAGUAAGAUAUUCAUAGAACCUAGAAUAUUAAUCACAAAAGCCCUGUGGUUCACUACCUUUUCAUAGACAGAUGUCUCAUAACGACUCAGCGUUGAACACACAUCUCUUGAAGGACGGCUGAGCAAAAUAUCACUAAGCUCUUUCAGGUAACAUUUAAGAAACUUUGAGAUUGCCACAUCUGUUCUCUUGCACGUACAUGCCCAGCCACCUGUUCCUUUCACUCAACAUGGCAGAAUCCUAGUCCAUGAGCUGGAUUUUCACUUCUCAAUAUAGAACCACGUAUCUUACAUCAUGGUCCAACUAACUUCCUGAUAAUAAAUCACUGACUUUGGAUUUGUAAGAGACAACAAACAUCGACUUUGUUGUUAGCGUACGUAAAACAUCGUCCACUCAAUGGACAAUAUAUUUUAAUGACCGGUUAGUGUCCUAAGACUUCAGAUGAGAAUGUCUUUUAAUCCAUUAUCGCUUACAGUCUGAGAAGCCGGGGUCCAGAUUAAAUGCAAUGUGAUUUAUGCUAUGUUUCACCGUGGGAAGGAUUCCUUAGCACUGUGCGGAGAAGCAGCGUGAGUUCACCCUGAGUCUUUGAUUAUGUUUAAUAGCUUCACUGUCAGACGGAUUCUGCAAUUUGGUGUGCAUCAGCUUUUGGAGUGAGCCUCUCAAAUCUCUACAGACCAAUGGAGACUAAGCAAGAUGCUCUGUAGCUGAACUAAGAAGAAAGGCAGCAAGUUUGGCCCAAAAGAGUUCUGGGGAAGAUUUCUGAGGCAUGGAGCUUCCAGCAGGUUUGGAAGAAAGUAAAGUGAAUUCCAUGAUGCAACAACACAAGUGAGGUCUGUGGACACCCACCAAACCAACUCCUCUCUGGCAGGAAUUUUAGAUUGACGAAUACUAUGCUGCCUUUGCAAAAGGACAAGAAACUAGUGCCCAAAAGACGUGUUCUUCAGCAUUUGGAUUAGACGUGUUCUCAAGACAAUGGCUUCAAAGGUCUCCUGCCUCUAUGUAUUGACCGUUGUGUGCUGGGCCAGCGCUCUCUGGUACUUGAGCAUAACCAGACCUACUUCAUCCUACACUGGCUCCAAGCCGUUCAGUCACCUAACAGUUGCCAGGAAAAACUUCACCUUUGGCAACAUAAGAACUCGACCUAUAAACCCACAUUCUUUUGAAUUUCUGAUAAAUGAGCCCAACAAGUGCGAGAAAAACAUUCCUUUUCUCGUGAUCCUCAUUAGCACCACACACAAGGAAUUUGAUGCCCGCCAGGCAAUCCGGGAGACAUGGGGGGAUGAAAACAACUUCAAAGGGAUCAAGAUAGCCACACUUUUCCUCCUGGGCAAAAAUGCUGAUCCUGUUCUGAACCAGAUGGUGGAGCAAGAGAGCCAGAUCUUCCAUGACAUCAUCGUGGAGGACUUCAUUGACUCCUACCACAAUCUCACCCUCAAAACCUUAAUGGGGAUGAGAUGGGUUGCCACUUUCUGUUCAAAAGCCAAGUACGUCAUGAAAACCGACAGUGACAUUUUUGUGAACAUGGACAACCUUAUUUAUAAACUCCUGAAACCCUCUACCAAGCCAAGAAGAAGGUAUUUCACUGGUUACGUCAUCAACGGCGGGCCAAUCAGGGAUGUCCGCAGUAAGUGGUAUAUGCCUAGAGAUUUGUACCCUGACAGCAACUACCCACCGUUCUGUUCAGGGACUGGCUAUAUCUUUUCCGCUGAUGUGGCUGAACUCAUUUACAAGACCUCGCUCCACACCAGGCUGCUUCAUCUUGAAGAUGUGUACGUGGGACUGUGUCUUCGAAAGCUUGGCAUCCAUCCUUUCCAGAAUAGUGGCUUCAAUCACUGGAAAAUGGCCUACAGUUUGUGUCGGUACCGCCGCGUCAUCACUGUCCACCAGAUCUCUCCAGAAGAAAUGCACAGAAUCUGGAAUGACAUGUCAAGCAAGAAGCAUCUGAGAUGUUAGGACUUCUAUUAAUGUAAAUAACUUUCUUUUCUAAGAAAUGGGGACUAAGAUGUUGGUAUUUACAGGUGUCACCAAGGGAACAUGAACUGGCCAGGGGUUUGUAAAUGUUUUGCUUUCUGUUCCUAGUUCUUUCUCGGAUCAGUAUUUUACAUGUAUUGGGCUCGGCCAUAGAAAUGGUGAGAGAGUUAGAGGGCCGGAUUUCAUUCUCAGGUCCUAAGACAUUGCCAUUUAUAUCAAAAAGUGACUCUAAAUAACUGCCAGGAUUGGUGCACUGUGCAUCUGAGAUAAAGAUCUGGGCCAGGAGAUAGAAACUCACAGUAAUGCCCUCAUAGCAUCUCUGCAAACGUAAAUAGUAAUUCUUUCUUUGAAAAUAAAAAAAUCAAACCAAGUCAGAAAAGAUCCGCAGUCAGGAACACACACUAGAUGUUAUCAUUAAUGCUGUGUGCUGUUGUCAUGUAACAUUUUUACAUACGUUGCCAUAAAAUGUGUAUAGAAUUUGAGAUUCUACCAAUAAUUGAUUUUAUCCCUAGAGUAGGGCAUCAAUGACGAAAAAGAUGGGAAUGUACACUUGAGGAUCAGUUAUCCUGUAUGUAUAGAAAACAUUUCGGCAUAGAUUCACAAGAAUUAAAUCUGGUCAGCAGGUGGGUUGUACAUAGAAAUGCUACUUUAAGUAAACAAGUAAACGUUUUUUUUUUCCCCAGAACAAAUAUUAUAUGAUGCCACCAAGGAGACUCCAAAUGUAGUACCCUCACCUACUUCCUUCCAUAAAUGCCUUUAAGUGCAUUUUAUGGUUUUUGGAUCAGUCAGGCAUAUGUCUCCAUGUGUAGAAAACACGUUGGUAGGAGGCCCAGAAAUAAUGCAUAACAAUUGAUAAAAUGCAAAUCUAGGUGUCCAUUCUAAUUAACAUAAGCUUGGCAAUAGUGUACAAUGCCCCUUUCACACAUUUGCAAAGCACAUGAGAACAUCUUUAAGGAGUACCAACCUUAUUAAAAGAUGUGCCCCUGCUACCAGUAGAAGAAAUGCUCUCUUAGCGUCUAAAGCAUUCACAUAUGUUUAGUAGCAAAAGGGCUUUGAGGUGUUCUGGGGAAUCUGUGGCUGAGAUCCGUGGGAAGGAAGACUAGGGAAGCCAAGUUGGGAUCCCAUUGAUGCCACAAAUUUAUAUGGACCAUUUGAACAGGCAUCUCAUUUUUGAUGUGCAUCUGUAUGCUCACUUGUAAAAUGGCUAAAAAGAAAAAUCUACCUCACAGGUACUGUGAGAGCAAAUCACAUUUGCUAAUAAGUAUUUUGAGAUCUUUUAGUUUAAGAGGUGCUACAUAAUGCCAUGUAUCAUGCAUGAUGCUAAAUGCUAAAAUGAUUUACAGUAAUGAUAAAGAUGGUUAUCCAUUGUGGCAGCAUCAUCCUAAUAUAACAAUUUACCAAAAUAAAGAUUGACUGUGAACUAUCAGCGUACCUAAUUCUUCCAAGACUUGAUGUUUCCUUGGCUAUAAGUUAGUUGAUUGGGGAAGCUUCAGUUUCUCCCCCACACUCUCUCAUUUUGGUGAAGAAUUUUUCACUUCAGUGUGUUGCCUUGGCAUCCCAAGAUGUUUAAAGCAAAAAAAAAAAAAUCUAUUUUGCUUUGGGGAGGAGCUUUGCAUAGGUCUUGCAAAACACAACUUAAAUCGUAGGAAACAUUUGCCCCGUAUUCUUAAAACUCUUUAGAACAAGUAGGGCUAAUCUACUCCCUCAGAGGACGAAUAAGCACUCAGCAAAUCUCCACAGUGGCACAUCUACCGUUGAUGCACCACUCCUUGUCGUGAUGCAAAGAAAGCUGGAAAAGUUGCUCAUUUGAGCUAUUUUCUUUGCACCUUGACCUCUGCAAAACCCCCAUAGAAGCUGAUAGUAAUGGGGAGUCAAAGGAGUAAACGGAGUCCCAUGAUCACGUAAUCCCUUGCUAGGAAACACUUAUAUUUUAUCAUCCCCAAAGUACUGACUAAUAUAGGGCUUCCCAUCCUUUAAUAUGAUGGUGUCAAGUGACCUGGGAGAAGAUGAAGCAAGACAAGGUGAGCCACCGUCCCACCAUCUAGCCUCAAACCCUAUGAGCUCCAAUGGCUGGCUAGCCUCCCACCCUCGGGCCUCUUUGGCCUCGCAGCAGCAAAGCUGAAUGCAGUCUCUGUCUCCUGCCCUGGCCUUGCAUCUCGUCCAUGCUCAGCCCAGCCACUUUCCAUGUCCAAAAUCACACACUAUAAUAACCACAUCUGUACAUCUAUGAAUUGCUUUAUAUGUGUGUGCGAAGUAUGUAUAGAGCCCUAAUCUUGAAAAGGAGCAAAAAAAAUCAACCAGAAAAUCACUUGUCUUAAAGGACUGUUUCUUAACUUUUUUUAUGCUACAUAAUGCCCGUAUGACAAACAUGUAAAUAGACAUCCAAGAGUUCAUGUACAUAUUUUAAAGGCGCUUUUCUUGUCACCUCAAUUGUAUGUACGGCUAGAACCUGCUUGAUAUGUAACAUUUUCCUCUGCAUGGAACUUGACGAGGCAAGGCCAUUUGUCCAGUAUCUCAAUAGCCUUAAGCAUGUUUGUUCGCUCUUUGGGUUUUUUUUUUUUUUUUUGGAUGUUCAAAAAGAAAAAAAAUGGUUAAUUUGUCAAGGAAAAGCUCUAAUUUUCUACUUUUGUUAAUUCUAUGACAAGAAGCUGGUCAAAUUAUUGUCAUGGUUAUUUAUUAAGCCAUUUAUAACAUUUGUUUAAGAACAAUAUUUCAUAAUAAUGGCAGUAUUCUGGGGCUGGGGGUUUUCACUCAGUGGUAAAGCACUUGCCUAGCAUGCAAAGGGCUUUGGGUUCAGUCCUCAGCACUGCAAUAAUACAGUUAAAAUAAUGUCAGCCCUACUGUGCCAGAAGUCACUCAAAGAAUUUUUCUAAGUACUGUCUGGUUCCCCAUUAUUUCUCCAUUAUGUACUGUAUAACGUCAGCACCUAACCUUUAAAGUUUCUUCUUGUAUUUCUUAGAGGAAAAGAUGCUUUCUCUUUGGUGCCUCAUUUAUGUGGCUUUGUGACCCCCUUGGAGCAGUUUCAAUCUACAACAAUGUACUUUUAAAUAACCAGAUUCAAAACAUGAAGAUCAUUUUUUGAUUUGAAUUAAAUAUGGAAGGGCAAAACCCCUUGUGUGAUAAGAAAUGGAGGGGAAACAAACUCUUUACAGAGAAGUCACAGAAGGAGUUUUUCAAUCAAAUUUCUUCUAACAAAAGACAAUGGGAUAUUUAUGUACAGUGUGUGGAAUUCAUUUUCUACCUUUCCUAAUAUGUGCGUUCAAAGCGGGGAAUUGAUUGUAUCAUUUCUGUAAAGGGGAAGAUACUUUUUAUAAGCCACAGGUAACUUGUGAAUGAAAGACGAAAUUCACUGGAGACGCUUGAUGAUAAUUGACAUUUAGGUAUAUUGUUAUAUAUGACUGAUUGUAUUUAUGUAUUUAUUUGCUCAAAAUUGUACAUAUGGUUUUGCCAAAAGUAACUGUGUGUUAAAGUGCACUCUUUGGGUUUGUAGUACUAUUUAGGGUUACAAGGGUUGCCAAUCAAGCUGCUAAUCAGAAUACUAUUUUUUUGUAUCGGUGUUACAACAUGUGACGAAUAGACGACACUGUCUUUUCAUUCAUCCUCUUUCCCUUCGUCUUGAAAUGUAAAAUGUUGGUUGAAAGCACGAUGCAAUUGUACAGGCCCAUCUGUCAAGAGGAAGAUCAUGGUUUCAUAAGACUGAUUUUUUUUUUUUAAAAACACCUGGGACAAAUAAACAGAAGAAGAACUCA